AUGCGUCUUUCAACAUUCGUCUCUCUUCUCCCGCUGGUUGCUGGUGCCCCGGCGACGAGGAAGCGCGCCGAGCCGGCCCCGAUCCUAGAGCACAGAGGCGAGCCCAAGGAGCUGGUCGCUGACAAGUACAUUGUCAAGUUCAGGCAGGGCAGCGCGAUGAAGGAGGUCAAGAGGACGGUCAAGCUGCUAAGGGAAGACCCGUCCCAGGUCUUCUCCGACGGCAUCUUCACCGGCUUCGCUGGCCAAAUACACAGCGACGGCCUCGAGGCCAUCCGGCAGCACCCAGAUGUCGAGUACAUCGAGCCAGUCUCCGUCAUGUCGACCAACAACGUCGUCUCCCAGACCCGCCGCGUGCCAUGGGGCCUCGAGCGCAUCUCCCACCGCGACAACGAAGCCGACAGCUACGACUACGACCAGACCGCCGGCGCGGGCACCUGUGCUUACGUCAUUGACUCUGGCGUCGACAUCAACCACCCUGAGUUUGAAGGCCGCGCCACCUCCCUCGGCAGCUACAUUGGCAACUCCGACCGCGACGACUGCGGCCACGGCACCCACGUCGCCGGCACCAUCGGCAGCCGCUCCUUCGGCGUCGCCAAGAAGACGCACAUCUUCGCCCUCAAGGCGCUCGGCUGGUCGCGGCAGGUCGGCAACUGCGUCGGCAACAACGACAUCACCAUCGCCGCGCUCCACUACGUCGCCCGCCACGCCGCCGAGAACCGCAGCAGGUGCCCCAAGGGCGCCGUGGUCAACAUGAGCCUCGGCGGGCCCGCGUCCCGCUCCGUCAACGAGGCCGUGGACAACCUGGCGGCCAGGGGCGUCUUCGUGGCCGUGGCCUCGGGGAACUCGAACCAGGACGCCGAGAACUUUUCUCCGGCGUCGGCUAACGGCGCGUGCUGCGUGGGGGCGACGGAUUAUUAUGACAGGCGGUAUGCAAUGUCCAACUUUGGCGCGUACGUCGACGUUGCAGCCCCCGGCGUCGACGUCUACUCGACACUCCCCAAUGGCCAAGCUGGCCCAAUGACCGGCACCUCCAUGGCCUCGCCUCACAUAGCCGGCCUCGCCGCCUAUCUUGCCGCCCGGGACGGCGUCUCCGGCCCCAAGCUCUGCACCAAGAUACGGAACAUGGCCACCCGAGGCGCCAUAGUUAACCAGUACGAUGACACCAGGAACUUGAUUGCCUUCAACGGCGGCCGUUAG